GCACACCUUAGGGGCAACAGAUGGGGAUCGGGGCAGGUUCCUGCACCUGCUUGUGUGCUGAGGAGGAUGGGGAGCUGUCUGAGCAUGACGUGGCAAAGAGGGGCUCUUCACAGAAGUUUCUAUCCCUACUGCCCCCUGCACAGUGGCUGCAAGAAGAUUCCCAUCUGGCAUGCUGCAAAUCCCAAGGAAGGCAGCACAAUCGAAGACACAUCUGCUGCCAUGGUGAAUGAGAAGCACAAUGGCACCCUGCUUGUGCAGCUGGGGCCCAAACUGCAGGCCCACCCAGAGAAGCUGCUGCGGCAGCGGCGAGGCCACGACGAGCGGCCGGAAUACCUGGUCCGGUGGAGCGUUGUUAGCUCGGAAGAGAGAGCGGCGGGAGGCAGCAGUGCCUGCUCCGGAGAGAGCAAGGCAGAGCACAUCUCCCUGUGGAUGUCUGCAGAAGAGGUGUGCGCCAGCUGCCCGGCGCUGCUGGGCCAGAGGAGGCCGGAGGGGCCGAGAGAGGAGAAGGCGCCCGGUGCCUUGUCCGCGCUCAUCCCGCUGGACGAAGCCUCGCUGCUGGAGAUGAAGGCCGACGUCAGGAGCCUGGUGCAGCGAGCCGGGCGCCAGGUGGCCGAGGCCGGGACCCCCGAGUGCUCCAUCCUGAGCACGGUGCACGUGCUGGGCGCCUACGCCAGCAUCGGCUCCCUGGCGGGCGCCUUCAGGGAGGCGGGAGCCCUGGAGCUGCUGACGGCCAUGCUGUGCCACCGGGAGAAGCGGAUCCGCCGCGGUGCCGGCGAGAUGCUGCGCGCUCUGGGCGCUCAGGAUGCAGGAGUCUGGGCCCAUGUCCUGCUGUCCCUGAGCCAGCAGGAUGGCAUUGAGCAGCACAUGGACUUUGACAGUCGCUGCACCUUGCUGGAGCUGUUUGCUGAGAUCACGUCCUCUGCAGAGCACUGCAUGUCCUUCGAGGGGAUUCACCUCCCGCAGGUGGUGCCGGACCCGCCAGCAGCCCUGGGGCCCGAGGGGCCAGGAGGGGUGGGAGUGGGGGCCAGGAGGGCAGGACUGGCUGUCGGGAGAGCUGGCUCAGGGCCUGGGCCUGGUGAGAGGAGCCGUGUGAAGCAGGAGUUUGAGUUCAGCAUGGCCAUGGCAAACCUCAUCUCGGAGCUGGUGCACGUGAUGGGCUGGAGCCACAGGCACAAGGCAGAGCCGCUGCGCCAGCGGGACCUGCAGCCUCGCCCUGCCCGCUCCAUCUUCCUCGUGUCCUGGGGCCGGUCGUGACGACUCCAAAAGCCUGUGUUGCCUUCAAAUCCUGGUCCUCAGAAAAAGCAAGGCUGUACCUUCCUGACUGCAUCAGACUUUGCAGACAGCAGUGACUACACAGAGUACUUGCGGGCAAACCUGGUGCGUGGCAUGAGGGUGCGCUUGCUGGAGGACUGUGGUGACGUUAGAGCUGGGGAGGAAGGCGAGUUUCUCCAGAGCACGAAUAACAUGCAGACAGUACAGGUUUUACGGCAGUCAACGGGUCGGACCUACUGGGUGCGUUGGCACAUACUGGAGAUUAUUGGCUUUGGGGACAAGUGGGAAGAUCCUGCUGCUCAGGAAAAGGAACAUAGUGUGAGAAAGAGCUUCAAUCUAGACACAGUUCCACAGCCAUUCCUGUGCAAGCCCUUGGGGGGGCUGUACUCCCUGCCUUACCUGGGCCAGCGGCUGCCAACGGCUGCAGACACGCUGAGCCGUGCCGAGUGGUGGGAGCUGCUCUUCUUUGUGAGGAAGCUGGAAGCACAGGAGCAGAAAGAGAUCACCUGUCUCAUCCAGCAGCACCAGGGAGAGCAG